AGUGGGCGGGGCUUCUCAGAUGAAGUUUCAAGCGUCAAAUCAUCUGUAGCUGUUCUUAAAUGUUAAAACGAGCUGGUGCUUUGUCCCAAAUUGUCGUCGGUACCCGUGGUAUCUGUACACGCGUCGAAAUUGACUUCGGACGCGUAGCAUCGCUGCAGCUGGGGGCGCGGUGUUGUGGACAGUGGACCCGCCCUUGGUUGCACAGCGAGCGGCUGCUGCUUCGCUGCUGCGCCGCUGAUCAUAGAGCCGAAGAUGGCGAUUGUUUGGAGUCUGCGGACUAACCAGCGGAGCUGAUGCAGGGGAGAAGACGGAGAAAGGCACACUCUCAGCACGGAGAUAAAGAACGCGACCAAACCAACGAUAAUAAUGUCCCGUUCCCCUGAUGAGGAUGAAUGCUGUGUUGCCAUGGAUACAGAGGACAGCGGGACAGAGCCUGCUGAGAUAACAGAAGAAUUUGAGGCAAAAGUGGGGUCCUGCCGACAAGAAGGGCAAAUGGAGAGUUGUGCCAAAGGAGGGGGUAGAGCAAUGGAGGAACUGCCAGAGGAAGUCCUCGAAUAUAUUCUGUCCUUCCUUUCACCUUAUCAAGAGCAUAAAACUGCUGCACUUGUAUGUAAGCAGUGGUAUCGCCUCAUAAAAGGUGUUGCCUAUCAGUGCUACCACGGUUUCCUAAGAGCUGUCCAAGAAGGAAAUAUCCAGUGGGAAAGUCGCACAUACCCAUAUCCAGGAACACCUAUCACUCAGCGCUUUUCACACAGUGCAUGCUAUUAUGAUUCAAACCAGUCCAUGUACGUGUUUGGGGGUUGCACUCAGAGUAGUUGCAAUGCUGCCUUCAAUGAUCUAUGGCGACUUGACCUCAACAGUAAGGAGUGGAUCCGCCCUUUAGCCUCAGGCUCUUAUCCAUCUCCUAAAGCUGGAGCAACCCUAGUGAUGCACAAAGAUCUCUUAGUGUUGUUUGGCGGAUGGACGCGUCCCAGCCCGUACCCACUCCACCAACCAGAGCGAUUCUUUGAUGAAAUCCACACCUACUCUCCUUCAAAGAACUGGUGGAACUGUAUAGUAACGACACAUGGCCCUCCACCAAUGGCUGGCCACUCUUCCUCUGUUAUUGGAAACACUAUGGUCGUAUUUGGAGGAUCAUUAGGAGCGCGCCAAAUGAGUAACGAAGUCUGGGUUCUGGAUCUGGAACAAUGGUCCUGGUCUAAACCACCAAUAUCUGGCCCGUCUCCCCAUCCACGAGGAGGCCAGUCACAGAUUGUGAUUGACGAUCACACGUUGCUAAUCUUGGGAGGGUGUGGUGGCCCAAAUGCACUUUUAAAGGAUGCCUGGCUCCUCCAUAUGGAUGCACUUCCUUGGAGGUGGCAACAGUUACAUGUGGAAAAUGAGGACCAUGGGGCCCCAGAACUUUGGUGUCACCCAGCGUGUCGGGUGGGUCAGUGUGUGGUGGUUUUCUCACAAGCUCCAUCUGGCCGUGCACCGCUCAGCCCUAGUCUUAACUCUCGGCCCUCCCCCAUAAGUGCCACACCCGCCCCUCUGGGCCCCGAACCGCCUUCUCUGCGCUCUCAGUCUCCUGUUCGGAGCGGAGCAGCUGGUGUUGUGCUGGGAGCUGUUGAAGAGGCUCCGUGUGUUAACGGUCGGUGGGGCACAUUGAGGCCCCGGCCUUCAGCCAGAGGAACUGCCAGGGAUGGGAGCCCUUCCUCAUCCCAACAACCUUCUCCUUCACAAGGCCCAGACAGCCCUCCCCUCCCUCCUCUUCCUCCUUUAUUAAACGGAUCCUCCCCCUCGCCCCGAACCAGCCCAGCCCAGGCUGCAUCUCCACCUUUGCGCCUUCACCCACCUUCCUCCACAGACUAUGGUUGGGAGUCUCCCCCAUCGACAACUCACCAUCCCGAGGUGCCCAGCACUAAUGGCCUGCACACACCUCCUUCUGGGUCCCCACGCACUCCCCCGGGAGCAGUGUCCCCUGCUGCCUUACGACGGGGUCUGGAGGCAGUUAAAAACAAAUGCUCCUCUUUUCCAUCUUCAUUGUCUUCCUCUUCCCUUCAGACACAGGGAGCUCCUCCUGGGCUGGGAAGUAGCAGCGGAGGAGUGGCUCCUCCUGGAACACCUCCAUCAUCGUCAUCAUCCAGCCCACCACAGGCCACUGGAGCUGAUGGACAUGCUAUCCCGCCUAUCGCUCGCCGUCUCGGCCAUCACCCACCUCAGAGCCUGAACGUAGGAAAACCGCUGUACCAAUCUCUCAACUGUAAGCCAAUGCAGAUGUACGUGUUGGAUGUCUCCCGGGCCAAAUCUGCUGCGUCAGUGUCCUGGAGAGUUUACGGGAACGGGACUCCUGCUGCAGUUACGGGACCCCCUGAGACCAGCCUUCACACAGUGGUGCAGGGAAGGGGGGAGCUCAUCAUCUUUGGAGGCCUAAUGGACAAAAAACAGAACGUGAAGUACUACCCUAAAACUAAUGCCUUGUACUUUGUUCGUGCUAAGAGGUAAUGCGCGCCAGGUCUGAUCGGUAUAAGGGAGGCUCCACCUAGUGGCCACACAAGGCAAAUGCCACAUAAGGCCUUUUUCCUAUAAAAAAGGAUUGUUGGCGGGAAAACAUAAUCAUUAUUAGAUGUUCCACAUUAGAAAUUCACUUUCUCUCCUUCUGCCUACAACAUGCAUUCACAGUAAAACUCUUUAAGUACACUUUGCUAAAAAUUGGUUGAGUGAGACGUGACCUGAGUGUGUGCAUGUGUUGCAAGAUUACAGGAUUAUUUUAUUUUUUUCAAAUGAUCCACUGCAAAAAAAAAAAAUUCUGUCUCUCCCUCCUUUGAACUCUUCAAAGAAGAAUGCUGAAGCUGAAAUAAAGAAAAAUAAAUGAAGAACUGAAGCUGGAAAUAAACAGGAUGAGACUACCUUGCUUUUUGUAUCGCUCUUUAAGCCUGCCAUGUUUACAUUGACAAGAGUUUGUGUGUGCACGGUGGAUGUUGUUGACUAAUGUGUGCUGCGGGCCAUGGUUUGUGAGAGACGUGGCAUUGUACUGAACAUAGUUGAACAAUAAAGGCCUCCUUGUCUGCUGUCACAGUAUUAUGAUUA